CCAGCAUUGGCUACUUAUUGUUAUGCCUCAGGAUUCAUCUUAUUGUUCCAGGAUCAUUCUUUUGCUACAGCCUCGACUAGCUUGAAUUGUCUUGACACUCAUUUCAGAGCCGCAUCUAAUUCAAUUACGUCACAUUACAAGCAUCUAUCCUUGGGCCAAAAAGUAGUCAACAAGCAUCACAGUUUCUCCUCAGCUUCUGGCAGCACAUCGGCCUUGCUAGGUGCUUUCUCAAUCAACCUAAGACCUGUUCCUGCAGAUCGCCCGCCAGGAUGGGCACAACCUCCGUCAGACGCAAUCUCUUCCACCAUAACCUCAGCAGACGUCCGGUCUCUGCUACGCCUGGGUCGAUGCCAAGCGGCAGAAGCAAUGGGAUUUCGGGCCCUCCCUCUCACAUGCUACAGCCCUCUUCCGAGUCAAUGGGCCCCUCUGUGACUUCUGGUUCCUUGGACAACGGAGAUAUCGUGGUCAGGGACAAGAACGGUGGUUACAAGCUUGACAUUCCUGUCCUCCCGCCUGCCAUUACCAGUGAAAAUGGCGACGGGAUGGACGGUUUGGAUGAGGGUGGAUCUAGCGGGGGAGCAGGAGCUACGGCUGUCGAUUCAACUAGCCAAACUGAGAUCAGCGGGCGAGAAAAAGAAAAGAUCGAGGCAAGUCUAGCAGAAUUGAUGUAUCGAAACCGAAACAGACAAAUGAGCAACGAACCAGCCGAGAUCCUCAAUCUCAUCCAUCAAAGUCUCCGAAGUAGAGUAGCAGCGCUCGAGGAAGACAAUUGGAUGUAUGAACCAGAAGUAGAUCCACGUGCCUAAAGUCAGCUUACAGCAUCCGGGUCAAGCCAAGUACCACUGGAUAAUCACGCUUUAAUUAUCUA